GUGAGAGGUCAGGUAGACACGGCGGUUCCCGGAGGCUCCGGCUGUCGCAUCCCGGGACAAUGUGACCCCGGUAUUACAGCUGGUAGCUGGGAGGACCGCUGGCAGCCAGUGCGGGCAGUGGGGCGGUCGCUGCAGCUCUGAUUGUGCGCUGCUGCGUGUGUGAGGUUCCGGGCACCGCGGUGACUGUACGGGCUGCCGCACGCUUCAUCUCCCCGGCUGGAGCUGGCCCGUCGCCAGUAACUCUCCGGUUUCCGUGAGCCAUGCGACAGUGGUGCCUUCCGGCUGUGGCCCCCGGCGCAGAGCCGCUCCUGACCGACAGGCUGUCUCCGCCACUUGCAGAUGAGAGGAUGGAGGACUGUGAGAUGGAGCCACGUUACACCAUAGAGCAAAUAGACCUCCUUCAACGUCUGCGCCUGUCUGGAAUGUCCAAACCCCAGAUCGUCCAGGCCCUCGAGUCCUUGGAGAGAUUAGAUUCAGAACAUCACCGACAGCCUUGCUAUGAUCCCGCCGCUACCCCAAACGCUGCCCCAGCGGCGGCUGCGCCCUCAUCCUCAUCCUCGUCCUCCUCAUCUCUCACCUCCGCCACCACGCAGACACCAAACCUGGAUGCGUCCCUGUCGCCCAGCAACAGCUACGAGGCCUCGCCACCCCCCCUCUACCCCACCACUGGGGCACAGAGGUCAUUCAGUUACGACCUGACUGAGGAGGAUUGGGACUUGGAGCAGAAAGUGGAGGAAUACAUGAGAAAAGACAGCAAUCUGGUGAAGGAGGAGAUCAAGUCAUUCCUCAACAGCCGGAGGAUCUCUCAGGCCAUCGUGGGACAGGUGACAGGGAUCAGUCAGAGCUACAUUUCCCAGUGGCUGCUUCAGCAGGGCCUGGAGAUGAGUGACUCCAAGCGAAGGGCCUUCUACCGCUGGUACCUGCUGGAGCGCAACACCCCAGGAUGCAGGUGGAAUGAAAGCCAACAUGCACAGGUACCCAGGCCAAGGACUGAGCAUCCCUGGUGCAGGCAGAGGGAACUGCUGACACACCUGCUUCCAUGGUACUGUGCACAUCCUCCACAGCCAGGUGCUGCAGCUGCUGCUGUGCCGGCCCGCUCCUGUGUGAAGGAGGAGCCCGACUGGAAGUCUGGCUCCGGGGGCGGUGGGGUUGGCGGGGGUCCCCUGAGAUUGAGAAGGGGCAGCCGCUUCACCUGGAGGAAGGAGUGCCAGUCCAUCAUGGAGAGUUUCUUCAUAGAGAACCAGUACCCAGAUGAGGCCAAGAGGGAGGAGAUUGCGAACGCUUGUAACUUUGCCAUACAGAAACCAGGCUGCAAGCUGUCUGAGUUCGAGCGCGUCACUGCGUUGAAGGUGUACAACUGGUUCGCCAAUCGCAGGAAGGAGAUGAAAAGACGGGCCAACAUAGAGGCCGCAAUCCUGGAGAGCCAUGGAAUCGAGGUCCCGAGUCCCAGCUGUCAGUCGACCUGUGAGGAGGCUGAGGUCCCAGAGUAUACUGAACAGGAAGAAGUCUCCUCUGAAAAGGACGCUGACCCAGAUGUAGGUCCCUUGGCUGUCGAGCCAGUAAUGACUCUCCCAGCGGCUCCUCAGCUGGCGAGUCGGGAGCAGGAUGUGUCAAAGACGGAGGCAGGAGAUGAGGAGUGACAGUGGGAAUGUGUGGCUGUGCAUUCACUUGUACAUAUUUCAGCUCUGAGGGCUGAAUAAUUCAAGGACAGAAGCGGUGCAAGGAAAGCCAUUUGCACCCUCUAGUGGUAUGGAGGCCAUUGUGCAUCUAUAGUAAUUAUGCUACUAUUAACAGCAAUAUUAAUCUCUAUAUACUGCAUUCCAGUAAGUUCUUAUUAAAGAACAAGAAUCUAUGAAUGAAUGAGGAGAGCAUGUUUGGAGGUCUGGGAUGGUAGAGGAAAUCAUUUUCAAAAAUGAAUGCCUUAAUUUUUCAUUUCCCUCACUAAUUCCUCAGCCAGAAUCCCAGAACUUACGCCAAACGGAUAAAGCUUUAGUGUGGUUGACAUUUAAACCCGCAAGCCAUGGAAACAGGAUUUGAGUGCUAUGUCAAAGGGAGGUACAAGUAGAAAUAUCACUCUUUAGAAGGGCAGGAGUCAUCAUAUAUUUUUUAAACUUCUGCAGUAUCCUUAGCGCAAUGCUGUAGCUUAAGAAAUGUACUAUAUUGAAAUGUUAAUCUGUAUAAAAAAUACCUACCAGGUAUGUUAAGGAAAGCCAAACUAACACAAAUUUUAUUUGAAAUCAUUAGUAUAUCUGCAGCUCUGCUUAAUGGAUUCGCCCUUCUCCCUCAACGGCAAACAAACCAGGGCUUGUUCUUCACGCCUUGACACAACUGCUGUAAAUUUCUGGCAGAUCCAGAGCCCUGCGCCGGUGAAGCUUUGCUGGACCCCCACCUGCUGGUUCCGACCCACUAAUCGGGCCACGGGAAUCAGAAACCUGGGGUGAUGCGCAUGUGGUUGUAGUUCCGGCUCCGAAACCAGUCCUUCACCAAGCCGACGCUGCUCUCGUGAAGCCGUUGGCUUCCGCGACUCGCCGUGCUCUGGUGUACCAGUAAACAAGCCGCUCUUCAGGCUGCUGUCCUGUCUGCAGAAAACGGGGCCCGAGACGUUUCCCAGUCCCAAAUGCAGGCAGACGGCUGAACAAGCCUUGGUGCCGACGUGUGCUAACUCAUCAUCAGCUUAGCUGGGUAUGUAAUGAAGGGGGACGUGUGGACAACUGUAUGUCAACAUGGAACAGGAAACCUCAGAAAGGCUCUUUCUGUACAGGGAAAAGCUCUUUAAAAACCGCUAAAACCUGCUAUAAAUAAAUAAAACGACCAAAUACA